CCUCCUCCUCACCUCUCCGUCUCCGUCUUUGCCCCAUCGUGCCUCCCGUUCUGUGCUUCCCACUUGCUUGGAGCUUGGACUGCGAAGCAGCAGGAAGGAGCUCCAAUGGCUGCCCAACCCAAGACCCCCUGGGAAUUUAGCUGUGACUUACAAGUAGAUUUCGAGUCCGAUGAGAAAGCUUCCAUGGUCUACGCAGCAUUAGCUGUUGAUAAAGAGUUGCAACCAGACAAAGUGAAGAGGAACAUGUCAGUUUCUGAUGGAAAGCUUUCAGUACGAUUCGAGGCGGUCGAGGCGAGAUUUCUUCGGGCAUCGUUCAGUUCCUUUGUUGAUGUGCUUACACUUGCCACAAAAACCAUUGAAGAAUUUGGAGGAGGAAUGGUGUUGUGAUGCUUACUAUCCGCCGAAUGCAAAGUGUUACGUCAUGUAUUCUCUCUAGCUUGCCUUUUGGAAAUUCUUUUAACUGCAGGAUGAGUUGGCCCGGCCUGUGUAGUAUACUUUCCUAAUUUUAGAUUAUCGAAUUAUCAGUUAGCACUUUAGCUUUCAUAGAAUCAUGUAAAGACACCAUAUUACUCGAGAUUUUUGGCAGAUAUGCAAAUCCAACUACAGUGUUUGAGUGGAAA